ACUUCAUCUUCUUCUCUCUCGCCAUUACAAUUUACAAAUCUCACUCUGCACUGCACAAGAGGGACGCCCGUUGGAGCUUCUCCUCUCUCUCUCUCUCUCUCUCUCUCUCGAUUUUCAGCUAUGGAGGUUUUCUACUUCCUGGUGUUUGGAGCAUUGUCUCUAGUGGUUGUAGCUCUGGAGCUUAGCAAGACGAACAAGGACCGGAUCAACACGCCUUCCGCCUUCAAUUCAUUCAAGAACAAUUACCUUCUCGUUUACUCUCUCAUGAUGGCUGGGGACUGGUUGCAGGGCCCAUAUGUAUACUACCUUUACAGUCAGUAUGGCUUUGGGAAAGGAGAGAUUGGUCAGCUUUUCAUUGCUGGUUUUGGGUCCUCCAUGUUGUUUGGUACAAUUGUUGGUUCUCUUGCUGACAAACAAGGUCGAAAGAGAGCAUGCAUUACUUAUUGUAUCACCUACAUUCUGAGCUGCAUCACCAAACAUUCUCCUGAAUACAAGGUUUUAAUGUUGGGCCGUGUAUUGGGAGGUAUUGCCACUUCGCUCCUCUUUUCAGCAUUCGAGUCGUGGCUUGUUGCGGAACACAAUAAGAGGGGCUUUGAACAGCAAUGGUUGUCAAUAACAUUCUCAAAGGCUAUAUUUCUUGGCAAUGGUCUUGUUGCAAUUCUUGCUGGGUUGUUUGGGAAUGUUCUCGUUGAUACUCUGUCUCUUGGACCAGUGGCACCUUUUGAUGCUGCUGCAUGCUUUCUUGCAAUUGGAAUGGCCGUUAUUAUGUCUUCUUGGACCGAGAACUAUGGAGAUCCAUCAGAUAAUAAGGACCUGCUCACCCAAUUCAGGGGUGCUGCCGUGGCCAUUGCUUCUGAUGAGAAGAUUGCACUGCUGGGUGCUAUCCAGUCUCUAUUUGAAGGUUCGAUGUAUACCUUUGUGUUCCUCUGGACACCUGCUCUUAGCCCAAAUAAUGAGGACAUUCCCCAUGGCUUUAUCUUUGCAACAUUCAUGUUGGCUUCAAUGCUUGGAAGUUCCCUUGCAUCUAGGUUGAUGGCUCGAAAUACACCAAAAGUUGAGAGCUAUAUGCAGAUUGUUUUCGUUGUCUCUUCUGCCUCUCUUGUACUCCCAAUUGUGACCAGUUUCUUGGUAGCUCCAUCAGCUGUGAAAGGUGGAAGCAUCUCCUUUUCAGGCUGUAUUCAGCUGCUUGGCUUCUGUGCUUUUGAAGCCUGUGUUGGUAUAUUUUGGCCUUCCAUAAUGAAGAUGAGAUCCCAGUAUAUUCCUGAGGAGGCUAGAAGCACCAUCAUGAACUUUUUCCGCAUUCCUCUCAACAUCUUCGUAUGCGUGGUGCUGUACAAUGUGGAUGCUUUUCCCAUCACUGUGAUGUUUGGUAUGUGCUCUAUUUUCCUCUUCGUGGCAUCGAUUUUACAGAGGCGGCUCCAGGCAAUCGCAGAAAAACCCAAGAUCGGAGACUGGGCAUUGAGCGAAAAGAAUACCGAGGCAGAUCCGUUAAACAUCUAAGCGAUGUAGGGAAGACGGACCACCGGUACUUAUUGGGAUUUUAGAACGUGAACACUUGAUUCAUCUGUAUACAGCAGCAGCUUCUUCAGUAGCUGGUAUAAUAUUUGAAGAAUUAAACUGUACAAGAAUAGUGGUCUGCUCAUCAAAGGAAAGAAGAUGAUGAAAGGAAGUAAAGGCUUAGUCGACAAAUUCUGUUUUCAUCAAUUUUUGGGCUUAUUCACAAGUCAUUAAAGUAGUUUGUUAGAGGUCUCUUCAGCAUUCAGCAAUUUGUUGUGGAGAAUUUUCCGAGCUCCAACAUUGGAUUUAUCUGAACUUGUUAAUCAAAUAUUAUCCAUAUUUUCGUCAUGCAUUCAUUCUUUACCAAA